CCCGUUUCAGAAAUUCCUCCUUAGUUCUAGGCUGGUUCUCUGAGUGUUUGUAAGUUGCGCACUACCCAUAAACAAUAAAAUCUUCCCCAAGUUGCGUCCUUUGUAAAAAAAAAAAAAAGUCAGUGCUUCCACAUACCCGUUUGAAGGACCAACAUCCCACCCAGGACUAAAAGUAGAGACCCCUCUACUUUUAACCAGCAUAGGAGGAGGGGGGGAAUUCAGCAGCCCUUCCUCCCCAGAGCAAUGGCACAGAUAGUCCUCAACUUACGACCACCAUUGAGCUGCCAACGUUGCUAAGUCAGAGAUGUGUUCAGCGAGUUUGGCCCCCAUUUUACGACCUUUGCUAAUCCCUGCCGUUCUUAAAGGAGUAGCACCGUUGUUAACUGGACCCGGUUUUCCCCGGUCACAAAAGCGGGUCGCGUGGUCCCCGGGACGCUGCAACCGUCGUAAAUAUGAACCAGUUGUCAAGCAUCCGAGUGUAAAUCAGGGGGAGGCCACGACGGUCGUAAGUGUGGGAAAAAAAUGGUCCCAGGUCCCUUUUUUUCAAUGUUCUUGUAACUUCCAAGUGGUCACUAAGCGAACUGCUGCAAGACGAGGACUCUCUGCGUGUCUCGUCCAAUCCCAGCCAUUCCGCCUCCAUUUGCAACUGGCGCAUCCCCCAGACUCGAUGCAAAUCGGUAACCAAAGGCCGAGGACCCCUUAAGCAAGAAGCAGCCAGAAGACACAAUGGAGAAUAUCCACGAACUACAGCAUCCGCUUCUGGGAAACCCUCCUAACAAGACCCUCCUCCCAGGAGGGAUGCUCAGCUGGGCAAGUCCCCAGGACCCUUCUGGGUUGCUCUCCCACCACGUACCCUCCAGCUUCUCCUGGCUUUCUCCCGGCCCCGGUCUUCUUCCCAACCAGCUGCUGAACCCUCGCAGCCUGUCGAGGACCACCGUCCCGACGUCCUCCAGCCUCGCCGAGUCCAAGCUGUACCCGGAGCUGUGGAAAUGCAGCCACCCGCCAAGCCGGAGGAAGAAAGAUUAUAUCGAGACCGCCUUCGGGGAGGGCAAGGCGGCCGGCGAACUGCCGCGCAAGAUCGCCCUGGAGACGGAUAUUCACACGGUCUGCUACGAGGUGGGGGACAUGGAGCUGCCCGAGGUGGAGAACGACUCCUCAAGUGACAGCGACACAGAGAGCGAAAACAGCUUCUCCAUGUUGCAGCCUCAAGAUUAUCUGGGCCUGGCGGUUUUCUCCAUGUUGUGCUGCUUCUGGCCACUAGGCAUCGCUGCCUUCUACCUGUCGCAAAAGACCAACAAAGCUUCAGCCGGGGGCGAUUACCCCAGAGCGUGGACCGCCUCCCGUCAAACGUUUGCCCUGGCUGUCUUGUCCAUCAUCCUGGGCAUUUGCACCUACAUCGGAGCGGUGGUGGCCCUCAUCGCCUAUCUCUCCAACAAGGUCCCCACCUAAGACGUUCUCUCUCCCAAGGAGCCACUGGUCACCCCGUUCCUUGCCUCCCCGUGGAGCAGGAAGGGUGUGUGUGUGUGUGUGUGUGUGUGUGUGUGAGAGAGAGAGAGAGAGAGAGAGAGAGAGAGAGAGAGAGAGAGAGAGAGAGAGAGAGAAUGCAGACAUUACAACAUGGAAGACUUAUCCCCGUACCCUGGUCUUGUGAUCAGAAGAAAACCAACCCACUGGGUUGAGUUCAGACGAACAGUUUCUUGGACCAAAGAGGACACAGUGACAGGUUCACUUGCAAGAAACCCCCCCCCCAAAAAAAACAGACCGGGGAGGCUAGAAGAAACUUGGGAAAGAGAACCUUGAAGCUGGGGUUUAACUUUUGGGGGACUCCUCUAGUUGGAGAUGCAUCAACCAGUCCUUGGAGCUAUGAGAAGCGGAUUGUCCAGCCCAGGAGAACUCCAGGGACGUUGAGGAAGCAGGGUGACCACCAACCUGGAGAAGGACAUCAAGCUGGAGAUCUUUGCUUUGCUUGCCCUUAUGAAGCCCCCAAUUCUCUGUGCCCCUCAGUCAUGUCUCCUUUUAUACAGAGUCACUCAAUCCCCCAUACCUGUCAUGGUCUCCCCCACCCCGACUUCUCAAUAAAAGUCAAGGCCCAGCGACCCCUCCCCAGUUGCCCUUGUCCUCUUCUUCUGGGCUGAGCGACACCCCUAAGCCAACAUCAGCCUGAGAAUGGUGGUCUCCCGGCCCCGUUGAGGUUCAACUGCUGAGGACAUGAAUACAGGUAAGUCCUCGGCUUUAAUGGCCACAAGCGAGCCCAAUUGCUCUGUUUGUUCCGUGCGUUUCGCCACCACUGUACAGCCUGACUACGGCUACAGUUGUUAAAUUAGUAGCACGGUUGUUAAUAUGGUUUCCCUGUUGAAACACCGGAGUUGACAGUCUGAAUGUGAGAAGUGAGCCACUGCUGACCAACGCCGAUACCUUUCAAAUGACGUUGGAAAAGGGGCUGCCACUCACCCACCUGGGUUUUGCUGAAGUUGCAGAGAGCCUGUUGGUUCCCCUCUACCGAUUGCUCCAGACUCACAUUUCUUUUUAGGUUUGAUUGAUUAAAAUCUCCAUUAUUUGCUCUG